AUGUAUCCAUACAUGUCAAGCACACAUUUGUCCUGGUCUUGGUAUCAGGCAGCGCGCCUCUACAAUGACUGCCUGGUGGCUCUGGACUUUGACGGCAAGGAGCACGAGACGGCAGAGGUAGUAGCGAAACUGCAGCUACCUGUCUGCACGAACUUGGCCGCUUGUUUGAUCGAGUCAGGGCCCCAGGCCACGUUAUUGACUUGGCCCAUUUUUGCACUUCAGCUCUAA